AUGGCUAAGACAGUUCUCACAGGUGGUGAUAUUCUCACUUUAGAUGAAGAAGACAGUAUUCUUACCCAUCACUGUAUCGUCGUGGAUCAAGAAACAGGCCUUAUAGAGAAAAUUGUUCCUGAAGAUCAAUAUACUGCGGCAGAUGAUGAUACCGUUGUCGACUGCACAGAUCAGGUGGUUAUGCCUGGCUUGGUGGAUAUGCAUUUUCACAGUGCCGUGGCGAGGGGUUGGAAUGACUUCAUGCCCUUAAAGGAAUACUUAGAGGAAUGUUGGUAUCCUUCUAUUAGAGCUUUAGAUGAUGAGAGCUGUUACUGGGUUGCAUUGGCAAGUUACUUAGAGGCCAUUAAAUCUGGUACAACUCAUGUCAACGAUAUGUACAGAUUUGUUGGUUCUUUGGCAAAGGCAGCCCAAGAAAUUGGAAUUAGAGCCACCCUUUGUAAUGAUGUCGCUCUUCCUGAGAAUGAAAUAGAUACCUUAGAUGAUGCUAGAGAGUCGAUUACCAAGUACAACGACCUCGCUAAUGGACGUAUCAAGGUCAGAGUCGGUAUUGAGUGGUUGCCACUUGCAGAUAAGCAGAUGCUUGUUGAGGCCAGAGAAUUGGCCGAUGAGUUGCACACCGGUAUCCAUAUUCAUUUGAACGAGAGUCCUGUGGAAGUGGAAAUUGUUAAAAAGCAGUCCGGUGGGUUGGGACCUGCUGAGUUGGCUUACGAGGCGGGAAUAUUGGGUCCCGAUUGUAUUGCCGCUCAUUGUGUUCACCUCAGUGAUCGUGAGAUCGGGUUGAUGGCUAAAACACAUACUUUCAUUUCCCACAACCCGUCAUCCAACGCUAAACUUGGUAACGGUAUUGCUAGGCUAUUUGAAUGGCAAAAAGCUGGUGUUACAGUCGGCUUGGGUCAUGAUGCUGCUGAGUGUAACAACUCAAGAGACAUGUUUGAGGUGAUGAAAUUCUGCUCUUUGAUCCAUAGAGCCAAUUUGCAGGAUCCAACGGUUUUGCAGGCAAAGCAAGUUUUGAAGAUGUGCUGUAUCAACGGUAAUAUCGGUCUUAACUAUACUAAAAAUAAGGAUGAAGUUCCUGUCAAAAUUGGUCUUUUGAAAGAGGGCUACAAGGGAGAUAUCAUUACUCUUGAUAUUAUGAAUGAGAAGUUUAUUCCUAUAACAAGAGGUACUGAUCCGGAGCAUUACUACAGUAAUAUCGUUUUCUCCUGCAAUGGAAGUGUUGUUAGAAGUAGCGUUAUUGACGGUCAGCUAGUCAUGAAGGACAGAAAAAUGACCAACAUUAAUGAAAGGCAGGUUAUUGAGAAGGCCAAUUACUACUUCAACAAAAUCAAGAAUACAAUCCAUAAAUGA